UCGAUUCUGAACUACGUCCAACCAAAUAUUCUUGCCCUUUUCCUUUCUCUUUCAAUUUUAGUGGAAACUCAUUUUCUCUCCGGUGGACUAACAUAUGGCAGUGGGUGCUUACCGAAAGGACACCAACACUGUGCAGCUGGAAGUGAUGUCGCCGGAUCUUUCUCCCGUCUUCGCGGAAAUCCCUCUCAACGAAUACGAAUCUCCAGGUAGUCCUUUUUAUUAUGACAGUGAUGAUGAAUGGGGAAUGAUGAGAUUGAGAAGCACAGCUUGUAUCGAAGCAUCCUAUGAACACUACCUCCGUACUGGGGAAAUUUUGUCCCAUGAGUCCAUACUUAGUGUAAUUAUGGGCAUUGAGGAUGUUGGAAUGGUACCAGAAGAUAUCCUUCCUCCAAAUGCUAGCAGUACAUUGUAUGUAGAGGGUUUGCCUGAGGACUGUACAACAAGAGAGGUGGCACACAUAUUCCGCCAUUUUGGAGGUUACAAAGAAGUUAGGCUGGUACCAAAACCAUCAAUAUAUCCUGGAGUCAAUACCUUGAUUCAUUGCUUUGUUGAUUUUGUGAGUCCGCUUCAUGCAGCUGCUGCAAUGGAUGCCUUACAAGGUUAUAAAUUCGACCUUGAUGAGCAUGAUUCAGGCAACUUAAUGCUGCAAUUUGCUCGCAAUCCUGGUGUGACGUCAGCUGGAGGGGAUCGUGGAAAUUGUUGAAACUAUGUGUAUUUACAGGACUUGCCAUGUUUGGAGAGCGACAUCAUGCUGCAAGCGUGUUUCUCUGAUCAUGUAUAUUAACUGUAGCUGGUGCUUAGCAGUUUAUAGACAAAGUUGCUUGUCAGAUCAAAUAUAAUUGUUUAAAUUUCUUUUUAAAAUUCGCUACAACUUAUGACAUUAUCAACUUGUGCUCUGUAUUUUAGUGUGUGAUUACUGUCAUUCA